ACAACUGUGAGACCAUUGCUAUAGGUCAUUGUUAUCGCUAAUACUGUAUUUGGAUAAGACUAGUGUCCCCGUGAGGUCAAGCCAACGAACAAAUUAUUUCCGUUCGAUGUUGUGUUAUAACUCCUGACGAAAUAAUCAUAAUUAAACAUGGCGGAGUUAACCCAGGACGAACUCCCUCCCCUGACGGAUACAUCUCCCGCCUCCAGCACAAACGUCCUCACCCCCGGGCCAGUGACGGAGGAGACGUCUGUAGGGGCGGGACGGGGUGUGCGGACACCUGACAUUCCAGAGUCUUCAGUGGAUGGGUUUACAGCCAAUCUGACGGAAAAGGUGAAUAAGCUAGUAAGGCGGAUAAAACAUAGAAAUAAACCAAAACCAAAGAAAAAGCCAGAGGUACCACUUGUGGAGGAAUGUCCAAAUGAUGAUGGCGAUGAUGACCUGUCGAGGCUGCUCUACGAUGAUAGCACCGGAAGUGAAAGUGACAUUGACAUUCAAGCGAAUGUUGCUCACCCUGAAUCCCCGGAUGUUUUAGAUUGGAGAAGUCCAUUAAGCCUACCCGAUGAUAGCUUAUGAUUUUAACCACUUCCGGCGUGGGGUUGCCGUACUCAUUGUAAAUACAGAGUUCUGCAAUGUUAAAGAUAAUCGUCCUCGUGCCGAAAAAGAUAUAGAUUACCUUACAGCAUUAUUCGAAGUUCUUGAUUUUCAAAUCAAAGUGCUGAAAAACAAGACUACCCGAGAUCUUAUGGACUCCUUGAUAGAUAUCCGGUCACAACUUGAGAAGGACAGCGACUGUUUCGCAUGCUUGAUAAGUACUCACGGCGGAGAAUUUCCAGUCCAGGGCUCCAAAAAUCUUCAUCAACACGUGCUUCACACAUUCGACGGCUCCAUACCUACCGACGACAUCAUUAGCACAUUCAACGACAACGGAUGCGCUGCCAUGAGAGGGAAACCGAAACUUUUCUUUAUACAAGCGUGUCGGGGACGAAUGGAUGUUGACGACACCGAACUGGUGGAUCCAGGGGUCGAUGUCGACAUCAUAACAUAUAAUUCUCAGCCUCCCCUGGCUGGUCUGAGGGAAGAGAGUCGUCAUGUGUCACAGCAUCAGGGACAGAACGGUACUCACGACUGCGCGAACACACACGGGGAUGGUUUGGAAAAGGAAGAAGGGCAUCACGGAAAUCAGUUAACAACGCAGGAGAUGGUUGGACAGGAAGUAGACCUUCAAAUCACAGGAAAGGAUCAUGGAGUGACGGACGGAGAUGAUUCUAAAACUACCACGAAAGCUGACGCGAAGGGCAGGAGUGAUGACAACCCCGCCAGGAUGUAUGGACCAGGGUAUAUACCUUUUAUAGACGGCGAGGAGGACCAAACGUACGCAAACGAGGAGGAACAAAGGCGACACCGAGAGGCGUGGUGUCGAUACCAGGAGAAGGUACAGAAGGACCAGGAACAGAAAAGAAGGGAGAGAUUCUUAGAACUUCAACUGAAGCGGGAGAUGGAGGAUGCCGACUUUUGCUCCAUCCCAUGCUACAGCCAUUGUCUUGUUAUGUUCUCUUCGGCUCCUGAGCGGUUGGCUUGGGGCGAUGAUCACACUGGAGGAUGGCUGCCAUAUUGUAUGUAUAAUGUGGUGCACUGGUUCCACAGGUACGACUUCCGGACAGACCUCCUACAGGUGUUGACAGAAGUCAACAACGAAAUGGCAAUAUAUCUGCAAACUAACAUGCCUAGCAAGCCGGAAUGGCAUCAAUCGAAGUCAGCAGCGUGUAUUUACCACAUGCUCACCAAAGAUAUCUACUUCCGGUUAAAAUGGAGCAAGAAAGCGGCUUUAGUUACGGCAGUAUGAAUUUUAUUAUUGGUGUUCAAAACGAGUAAUGCAGGGAUACAAACUACCGUCUUGGAACGCUUUCGUGGUGCAGUGUCGUGGUACUGAAUUCUGCCGGGAUACAAAGUACUGUCGAGGUACAGUCGUGGUACAGUUGAUGUACACACACCACACCUGGGGUCGAACCACUGAGGACUUACAGAUCGUACAUCAACGAAGUCACCCGAAAGAAAAAAUCACGAUAACGCAAAGCUACAACGAAGGCGGCAAUUACAAUAUAGAUGUAUCUCCCUUGAUAAUUUAGUGCACGCGUCUCGUGUACAAUAGGAAUUGGGAUGCAGACACAUCAGCCAAGUUUAAACUCGUGGUAACCUUGAAUCGUGAGUAAAGUACAACUGGCUUUAAACGAAGUAAACAAGGAAUUGGUCAGUAUACUCGUAACAUCCCCAGAUGUUCACUACAUGGACAACAACAAGUACUGUGUGAAAUUACACGACACUAGUAGCCAUAUUUGUACAAAUGUAUUCUCAUGGAUGGAACUAAUUUGAUGACGUCAUCGUUGGAUAUGACGCGGCAUAGCAACACUACGUAGAUGAUUGAUACUCGCACUUCCUUUUUAGAGUGAGAUAUUGUCUCCAGUUUUUUUUUCGCGGGGGUGGUGGCAGGAACUAUGUGAGUGCAAUUUUAUCGUCGAAAGUGUUUAGCUGUAGUCAAUUUCUUGUUUACAUCAGAAAGUAAUCAAGCAAGCUCAGUCGAUCAGUCCAUUCAAUAAGUAGAGUAAUUAUUGUUAACUCUGAAAUGGUCGAAAAUUUCAUUUUCUCAACCUGACUUACUUCCCGUGGUCGAUAAUCUCAUUUUCUCAUCCUAAUUUAUUUCCCGUGGUCGAUAAUCUCAUUUUCUCAAAUUUUGCUAUAUAUUCAUCCUAUACACUUCAUACACACCAUAAUUAUGUAUGAGCUACUCAUCCGACAUUUUAACAACUUUCGCUAAUUAAUUUUUUGCCUUUUUGUUAAAUCAACGUUUUACGAUUAAAACGUUUCUGUUUAGGUAAUAACUAUUUUGUAAUGAAUAUUAAUGGAGUUUUUGUUCUUGUUUCAAUUGUGGCAAUUGACGGUUUCAAAGUAAGUUUUUUUUUUUUACCGGUGACCGAGAUAGAUCUCUCCUUAAUUACCCCCUAAACAGUUUGUAUAUGUAUUAUAAUAACAACGACUGGUCUCAUGGAAUACGGCAGCUUUAUAAUGCCUAGGGUAACCUUGUUUAAUACUUGUACUAAUAUGUAGCUGGCUAUAUAAUACAGGGUAACGAGUACGUGAGAACUAAUAAACUUUAUUAUGUAAUGUGUGUGAGUAGACGUUAAAGUUAAGUACGGAUGAUUUUUCUUGUUACAGAUGUAUUCCCAUUUAUUUUAUUAUUCUUUUUUAUUUUGUUGUACGUUUAGACAUUUUUUAUUAAUAAUAUUUUACAAAAGUGAUUUAAUUUAUUUUUAAUACCAAUGCAGAUGUUUUGAAGAUAUCAGUCGGUAUAAAUGUAAAUGCUGGUCCGCCGGUGUUUGUCUCGAUGUUAAUCAGUCGAUGAUGAUGUUAAUUUUAACCAUUUAUUAAAAGAAUGUUUUUUUUCCGUUGGUGUUCAAUUCAGUUUUACUUGUUGAUAUUUGUCUCAGCGGUAAUCUGUUGUUUGUCUCAAUGCUAAUCUGUCGGUGUUUGUCUCAAUGUUAAUCUGUCGGUGUUUGGUCUCAAUGUUAAUCACUCUGUGAUGAUAACAAUGUCAGUUUAUUUCACCUUUUACGUAGUAAUAUGUUGACAAUGGAGAUUUAUUUUCUUGAUGUAAUUGCAACUGAUGCAGCACUUUAAAAUUCUUACAUUAAAACAAUGAAACAAA